AUGGUCCACCUGAUCCUCACGGGCGCCACCGGCCUGAUCGGCUCGUCCGUCCUCUCGCACAUCCUCUCCCUCCCGCCGACCAGCAAACCGGCCAUCGACAAACUGUCGAUCCUCACGCGCUCGACCUCGAUCCCCUGGCUCGCCGCGACGCCUCCGCCCGGGACGCCCACGACCAACAACCACACCGAGAUCGAAGUGAUCGAGCACCGCGACUUCGGCACCUACCCGCCCGAACUCCUGGCCCGGCUAAAGGGCGCCGACGCCUGUAUCUGGGCGUUGGGAGUCAGCCAGAACGACGUGUCCAAGGACGAGUACGUCACCAUCACGCGGGAUUACGCCGUCGAGGCUGCCAAGGCGUUCUCGACACUACGCGCCGCUACUGCUGCUGCGGCGGCGGCGGCGGCGGCGGGGGCGGACGCAAGCGAAACCGCAAGCGAGAAAUUCAAAUUCGUCUACGUGUCCGGCGAGGGCGCGACGCUGCACCCGCGGCCGUGGACGCCCAUCUACGGCCGCGUCAAGGGCGAGACGGAGCGCGCGCUGCUCGACCUGUCCAAGACGGCCCAAUACUCGCCCCUGCUGUCCGUGUACUCGGUCAGGCCGGCCGCCGUCGACGGCGCCAACCAGCCGUGGAUCUGGGACCAAGUGCUCAACACGAAGAGGACGGCGUUUCAGCGCUUCUAUCUCAAGGGCCUCAUGCAUCCUAUUCGCUGGGGCUGGGCUGGCGAGGCCACCCACAGCCCGACCGAGGGGUUGGGCCGCGUGCUUGUCGAGAUGGCCGUCAGUGAGCAGGGAGGUGCGUUCGAGGUGGGCGUCGGCGUGGAUGCAGAAUCCGAGGGGCGCACGCUGGGGAACAAGCGAUUGAGAAUGUUAGAGAGGGGGCAGGGGUGGUGGAAGUGA